UGCCUCUGCAGGGGUAUGCCUCCAUUGUCCACACUGUUGACAAUUUCAUGCUCCAUCCUAUUCCAACCUCCCCUAAAACGUUUGAGUUUGUCUUCCCUGAGAUGAGAAUGUCUGCUAUAAUUUGCAAAGUGUCUGGUCAGGCAGGUGUCCGAUUCGCGUGCAUAGCCAGGGACGUCCUGAACAGUCUCAUCGAGGUUGAGUCAUGGAGGCAAGAGUCUCCCCCAACCUAAGGCUAGCCCUGCGGAGGACCAGUGGGAAGGUAGAGCGCAAGCUCCAAAACGUAACCCAAUUUUCCCUUAGCCUUGCACGCGUUGGCGCCAAAACUACCACCUCGGUCCGUCCCCUGCCGGAACUAUGCCUCACGUAAGCCACGUAAUCAAUGAUCCUGCGCCUCGCUAAGUAGUCCCGUUCACGAUGCUCUCAGUACACGCUUUUCCAGUUCAAGAGGUCUUCGGUAGGAAGAAAUCAGCCUCAGAGGUGCGUGGCGGUCUUGACAGAAGGGCAAAGUGGGUUUUCUAACCCAUUUCCUCCAGAUUCCUCCGCCAGGAGGCAUAGUCACUGGGCCUUCACUUCCGGGUCCGCCAUUUUACUGCCUCCAUUUCUCCGCGAGGGGGGGGGUAAAGGUCCCCCAAGUAUGCAUAUGCGAAAGGGUCGAAAAGUGACGGCCACUGGCAAGGAGUCUUAACUCGAGAAAGAAAGGGGACCAAACUGGCGGGCCCGGUAAGAGCGAAGCCGGCAGCGCUCCGGACGAGCUCCCUGGAUACUUUUGUUCCUAUGCAUAAAGAUGUCUCUGGUGGAUUUGGGGAAGAGGCUGCUAGAAGCUGCAAGAAAAGGCCAAGAUGAUGAAGUGAGAACGCUGAUGGCCAAUGGGGCCCCGUUCACCACAGACUGGCUUGGAACAUCGCCUCUUCACCUUGCAGCCCAGUAUGGUCAUUAUUCCACAGCAGAAGUGCUCCUCCGAGCAGGCGUUAGCAGGGAUGCCCGGACCAAAGUGGACAGGACCCCUUUGCAUAUGGCUGCCGCUGAUGGACACGCACACAUCGUGGAGCUGCUUGUUAGGAGUGGUGCAGAUGUGAAUGCCAAGGACAUGCUGAAGAUGACAGCCUUGCACUGGGCUACAGAGCACCACCACCGAGACGUGGUUGAACUACUCAUCAAAUAUGGCGCUGAUGUCCAUGCUUUCAGCAAGUUUGACAAGUCUGCCUUUGACAUAGCACUGGAGAAAAACAACACUGAGAUUCUGGUCAUCCUGCAGGAAGCAAUGCAGAACCAGGUGAAUGUUAACCCCGAGAGAGCCAACCCAGUGACUAACCCUGUGACUGUGACUGCUCCAUUCAUCUUCACCUCUGGAGAGGUCGUUAACCUCGCUAGCUUUGUUUCUUCAGCCAACACCAAAGCAACCUCAGCUAACCUAGAGGAGAUGGAAGAAGGAAACUCACUUGACUCCUCAGUCCAGCAAGUGGUGGGGAGUGGAGGCCAGAGAGUCAUCACCAUAGUGACUGAUGGUGUCCCUCUAGGGAACAUCCAAGCCUCAAUCCCUGCUGGGGGCAUUGGCCAGCCCUUUAUUGUAACCAUGCAAGAUGGACAGCAAGUCCUAACUGUGCCUGCUGGUCAGGUUGCAGAGGAGACAAUAAUUGAAGAGGAAGAAGAGGAAGAAGAGAAGUUGUCGUUGGCAAAGAGACCGAGGAUGGCAGAGAUGGCAGACACUGUUGAGGAAAGCAAGGAAGGCAGUGAGAGAGAGCUUCUGCAGCAGCAGCUCCAGGAGGCCAAUCGAAGAGCCCAGGAAUACAGACACCAGCUUCUCAAGAAAGAGCAGGAGGCAGAACAGUACCGCCUCAAGCUGGAGGCGAUGGCCCGACAGCAGCCCAAUGGGGUUGAUUUCACUGUGGUUGAGGAGGUGGCUGAAGUGGAUGCUGUGGUAGUGACAGAAGGAGAAGCAGAAGAAAGAGCAGCAGAAGUGAUGAAGUCAGGAAGGACCACAGAGCCUCACACUAGUGUUUCCAUAGAAACUGUUUCAUCUUAACACGCAAAGGCCUUGACUUGCACUCAUUCAUCUUACUCUUUUCAAGAAGAGAGUACAGAGGCAAGCAUCGUGUAAGGCUGUCUGUAAGAAGGUAACGGUAGCAGGGCUCAGUGCCUGGGCCCAGGGAGACUGUGUGUACAGCUGGAAAACUCCGCCCGCCACCUUAGGGGCAUCUAAGGGACCAAAGGACCAGGACCAAAUCUCUCAGCUCACAUCAUCGCUUUAAACAGAGAACUGGGCAUUGCGGGUAAUUUUUUAAAAAAUAAUUUUAUAUCAAAGAUUUUAAGAUAAUACUUAUACACCAAGAGCCUUUAAUAAUUUUACCUGAGAUUUUCAAGUGACCUGAAAUUUCUUGUAGAUUUAUGAAACUAAUAACAGAAGUAGGAAGCCUCCUCCUGAGGAGGAGUAAAGAUACCAUGCAUUCCUUUCUUUUUUCCUUUUUUUUGGGGGGCAGAGGGAGGUUCAAGAUAGGGUUUCUCUGUGUAGCCCUCACUGUCAUGGAACUCACUCUAUAGACCAGGCUGGACUUGAAUUCACAGAUCCACCUGCCUCUGCUUCCUCGGUGCCGGGAUUAAAGGCCACCACUGCCUGGCUAAUGAUACUGUACAUUUCUAAGAGAGCAAGCACACAGGGUGUCCCUAGUUAGUUCACUGAAAAGGAAUCUCUAAGCUAGGAAUGGUAGUCCAUAUCUAUAAAGCCAGCACUCAGGAAGCUGAGACACAGCUAAUGAGUUUGAGGUCAGCGUGAGCUAAAGACUCCUUCAGUGAAAGAGGGACAGGCGUGCUGGUAAACACUUUAAUCCCAGCACUCUGCAGUACAGACAGUUGGGUCUCUAUGAGUUCUAGGCCAGUCUGGUUCACAUAUCAAGUUCCUGACCAGCUAAGGCUACAUAAUGAGACCCUGACUCCAGAUAAAGCAAAGCCAAACAAAACCGGAUUGGAGCAGUGGCUCAGUAGUUAGAGUAUUGCCUGUUCUUCCAGAGAACUUGAGUUCAGUUCCUAGCACCCAUAGGAGGCUGCUCACAACUACACACAAUUCCAGCUGCAGGAGUCAAAUGCCCUUUUCUGGCCUCUCUGAAUACCCACACAUAUACAUAUAAAUACAAAUUUAAAAGUUAAGUUAGUUCAAUGCCAAGGUACACGCUUAGGGAACAUGAGACAAGAAGAUUGUCAUGGGUUUGAAGUCAGCUUGAGCUUCAUAGAGAGUCACAGGUCAGCCUGGCCUACAGUGCAGCACCUUAAUGCACGAAGAGAAGGUUAAAUGAGUGUGGUGGUGUGCACCUCUUCCAGCGCCCAGGAGGGGAAGCAGGUGCAUCUGUGAGCUUGAGGCCAGCUUAGUCUACAAAGAGAGUCUGGGAUAGCCAGGGCUACAUACAGAGACCCUGCCUCAAAAAAAAAGAAAGCAAAGAGAGGUGACUUGUGAUUGCCUGAUAAAUUGUAUGUUCAUAGCUUAGUCACCAGUUUAAAAAAAUAUAAUUAAACCAGGCAUAGUGGUGCAUGCUUGUAAUCUGUAAUCCUAGCACUGUGAGGCUGCGACAGGAAGGUCACUUGCAAAUUCACAUACACACAUACACACACACACACACACACACACGCACGCACGCACGCACUCACUCACUCUGAACUGGCCAGACUCUGUGUGCUCUCAUCCCUGCACUCAGGAAGCAGGGCAGACAGGUCUUUGGGAUUCUAACCAGCCUGGUCCACAUAGUGAGUCCCAGGCCAGUCAGGACAACACAGACCCCAACUAACAACAGCAAAAAAAUCUGAGGACAUAGCUCAAAGGUGGAACAUGGUGCUUAGCUGCAAGGAAGCCCUGGGUUCCGCCUUUGACACUGUUUGUACACAACAAAGCGAGGGGCAGAGAGCAAAGAAAAAAACAACUGACAUCAAACUUUUAAAUGCCAGAAAGACAGUUUACUUAUGUGGAGUGUAUAUGUGAAGUCCGCGUCCUCCAGACUGCAUCUCCUGAGACUGGGCCGUGGUUAGAACAAGGGUUCUGAGCUGUGAAAACUCUGGUCCUGAGAUGGAAGCUGUACUGGCUGGACUUUCUGAGAUUGCAAUCAGGAGGGUCAUUUGUUGUCACAGCAUCUUCCUUCCAAACAUCUGUGUAUAUAAAGUCAAGCUCAAACCCUCUAAAUUCUGUAACGUUUGGUUGAGUAUUCUAUGUCACAUAGGACAUUGGUGCUUUCCUAUAGCACUUACCAGUCUACGACAAAAAAAAAAAGUGUGCAGGUUGAAGGCCAA